GGGAACAAUUUCUUCCCCAAAGGGCUGUGGGGCAUUGGAACAGGCUGCCCAGGGCAGUGCUGGAGUCACCAUCCCUGGAGGGCUGGACAGACGGACAUGAGGUUCUCAGGACAUGGGGCAGUGCCAGAGUUGGCUUAUGGUUGGACUCGAUGAUCCUGAGGGUCUCUUCCAACCAAAACGAUUCUAUGGUUCUAUGAGAGCCCGUGUGGCUCUGGUGUAUUCAGGGGAGCUGGGCCGGGGUGUUUUUGCGCGUGAUGCGAUGGGUUUUUUUCCCCAGUUCUCCAGUUAUUAUUUCACGGGUAUGAUAACUGCUGCUCUUCACCCCGGCUCAUGGUUUCAAUAAAUCUUUCACAUCUUACUAUUGCAUCUCUUUUCCUUCAGAAGGAGUGUGAUAACACCCAGAGGGAGGUGGGCACAGCGUCUGUGUAGUUGCUUUGUGGAGUGAAUUGUGCUGCUAUUCACCCCCAAAAUCUGGUGCCUUUUGAGUACUCAGAGAAGCAGCAGGUGUUUCUCAUGUCCCAGCUGUUUUUCAGUCAUUUCCUUAUAAAACUUAUUAAAAUGGCUGAUUUUAGUCAGACAUACCCUCUGCAAAGAAUUUUCUCUGAGUGUUGCAACUCGUUUUUCCAGAUGUUGGUCAUUAGAGUGCAGCAGACUUGCCUUUCGUAUGAUCUUGUGGCAGAUAAGGAGCCUCAGAAGAUGUGAGAUAACUGUUUGUUUUGGCAGUGGGGCGGUACCGCGGGGCCUGGGCUUUCCCGAGCGCAGCAGGAACAAGACCCUCCUUUAGCCUUCUCAUUGUCAUCCUCAUCAUUUUCCCCAUGUGUGAACUUGAACCUCUUGCUUCUUUUUGAAUAUUGAGUAACAUGUUAUAUAUCAGGCAACACUUUUCUAAAAUAAAGUUUGAAAAACAAAGGGGUGAACAACGUGGUAGGAACCUCGAAAUCUGGGGUGACGGGGCCCCGCUGUGUCGCAGCUCUGCUGUGUUCACACCAAGCCCAUCUCCAGGGCUUUCUUUCAAAUUGGGGGUUGUAUCCUCUCUUGGAACCACAGGGUACGCACCACGCGGGUCCAUCCGUGCCGGUGCUGUGGACACGGUGAUGAAGCGCAGAGCUUGAUGGAAUAUACUGAAAGUUUUGCAGAGGAGGGACACGUGUGGAUGCAGGUUUGGGGAAGACAAGAGUAUCUUGAUCACAAAGGCUCACUGCAAUGUUUUUUACCAGCAGGGAAUAGAAGUCAGAUCCUGGUGAUGUGUCUGUUGUGGGGGGGGAAAAGAAUAAAUCCCAUUCUGUGGAAGGCUGUGUCUUCAUCUGUGCUUGGAAAACAAACUCAUGUGCCAUCAACCCAUAGUCUAAAUAAUCAAGACUUCGGAGAACCUCUAGAAUAUGCCUUAAAAGUGGCUUGGUGGCGAGAAGUUUUGGUAAUUGGUGGCCAGGAGCCUGUAAGCGGAGGCUCGUGUAACCGUGUUGUUGCAGUAGCUGAGAGGCCGCCAAGCGCCGUCCCUGGUAGCGACCGAUCAUGGACAAACGUGGCGCAACCAGGGUCCAAAUAGGCCGUGUCCUGGAGGCGUCUGACCUCCUGCUGGGUGUGCGUGGUUAAACUGGGAGGAUCUUACACACAUUCUCAAUCCAGCCCUCGGGACGGGGCAGGUGAGCUCUGGGUGCUGCUGCGCUCUCGGUCUGCGUGUUGUGCUGUUGGAGGUGUGCGAGGAGGUUGUUCCUACUGUGAAUGCACCUCAUAAUUCCCCGUGAUCGCGAUUGCUUGGCCUCAGCCUUUCCUCUUGUCGUCUUCCUCAUCUUGUCUGCAGCUUUUCUCUUCGUGGCUUUGAUCGAGGUUCGUCUGCCCUGCUGUGGUUUCCCUGUCUGGGAGAAAUAACCAAUCGAACUGCAGAGUCUGAAUAUGCAGAACAGAGCUGGGGGACGCUGUGAAGCUUUAAUAGAAAAUUCACAAGUUCACAGGAUAUUGUCUCUUGAUUUUUCUUUUAUUUUUUCCCCCUUUAGGGUCUAUUUUGCUGUAACCCCGGGGCAGGUCCGUCCCACAACAGCUCCGUCUGAACAGCCGGUUAAUGCUGCAGGUUUUACAGCAGCUCCUUUAACUGCAAGGCAGGAAGCCGAGGAGCUGCCUGGGCAGUGAAAUACCUUCCUGUGCGAUACCUACCAAACUUCAAAACGCUUCAAAAGCCGGUCUCCGUGCCGCCGGUGCCGGUCCCUGGGGCGGAGGGACUCGGAGCUGCCAUGACGACGGGCGACUGCUGCCACCUCCCCGGCUCCCUGUGCGACUGCCCGGGCAGCGCCGCCCUCUCCAAGUCGGUGGAGGACUCGGACAUGGGCCGCCCGCAGUACGUCACGCAGGUCACCGCCAAGGACGGCCGGCUCCUCUCCACCGUCAUCAAGGCGCUGGGCGCCCAGAGUGACGGUCCCAUCUGUCGAAUCUGUCACGAAGGUGGAAAUGGGGAGGGACUGCUUUCCCCGUGUGACUGCACAGGAACACUGGGCACCGUGCACAAGAGCUGCCUGGAAAAAUGGUUAUCCUCCUCCAACACAAGUUACUGUGAGCUCUGCCACACAGAAUUUGUUGUAGAGAGAAGACCGAGGCCUUUGACAGAGUGGCUGAAGGAUCCUGGUCCCCGCAAUGAGAAGAGGACCCUUUUCUGCGACAUGGUGUGUUUCCUGUUCAUCACCCCCCUGGCGGCGAUCUCGGGCUGGCUGUGCCUGCGCGGAGCCCAGGAUCACCUGCAGUUCAACAGCCGGCUGGAGGCCAUCGGACUCAUAGCACUAACUAUAGCACUUUUCACAAUCUACGUCCUUUGGACGCUGGUUUCGUUCCGCUACCACUGCCAGCUGUACUCGGAGUGGCGAAGGACCAACCAAAAAGUCCGCUUGAUGAUCCCCGCCUCGCGGAACCCUCACCCCGUGCCCCACUCCCUGCUCUCUGCCAAGCUGAUGAAGAAGACGGCGGAUGAAACCACCGUGUGAGCCGGGGGCAGCUCCGGGGGGCAGCUCCGGGGGCUGGCGGGAGCAGAGGGGUCAGGGUCCCCACGCAGGGGCCGCGGAGGCACCGGGAGCAUCAUCCCACCCGUGGGACCUUGCGGUCAGCACGUACUUUAUACUGCGGCCAACAGAGAGAUAAUCAACGUCUGCCGUGCGGAACGGCCCGAAAGAGCCCGAUGGCAGAAUGUGCCAGUCUGCAGAGACGCUUUCCUAUAACUAAGUACCAUAUGUGGAAAAUAUCUCCCUCUAUAUAUAUAUAUAUAUCUCUAUAUAAUAUUAUUUUUUAAUGGCCAUGCAUAUUGUGUUCCAGUCCUUUUGUGUUGAUGUUCUAAGCUUCAGUAUAGAAGCUGGCAGCCUGAUCUCAUUCAGAGGUUAAAUCUAUGCCUUUUCUCCAAAUGAGCAUAUAAAGAACACUUUUCAUUGACCGUUCCUUCUCCUUUGCACUAAGUUGGUUUUGAUAAUACUGCAGCAGCCUUUCCCGUUACUCUUUGGUCUCUUUCGUGGUGUUUCUGUCCUUUCUAGAAAGUUGUGUGUUUUUAAUAAUUAUUAUAAUCCCAGAAGGAGUAAAAUGACAUAAUACUGAAUGGAGACAUUUUGUAUUGUAAAGUACUGUAAUUUUGAGAAUUUCCAAAUCAGUUUCAAACUGAGAAGAUCUUUUCCUGUGCAGACAUGAUCUCACAGAAUGCUUUCCUUGCAGAUCCUGGCUCAUCCCCAGGGCUCGGCUGCACUCAGCUCUUGGUGUGUCUGGCACAGGUAGAUGGAGGAUCUGAGGGUGGGAGGUGAUGGCUCCAGCUACCUAACCCCACCAUUGCCUUUUGCUUUUGAAAGAUGCAGAAAGGAGCUUUCCUGACCCCAAAAGGUGAGAGCCGGAGUCUGUUUGCUCGCGUCCUUUCCCCAUUGUGAGGCUGGGCCUCUCAUGGUCUCGGUGACGCACGUGCCGGAUGGGACAGGCUGUGUUCCGCAGGUGCUCUGCGCUGUCUCCACGGGCUUUAUUUGCACAUUCCUCAGCGGCAGCCAGAGCUGCUGUGAUGUGGUUCAUCCUCACAAGCGCUGCCUCUUACGUGUCCUCUAGUAAAACACCCCAAGUUCCCUGGUUGCCAGAGAACAGGCUCUGGGUCCCUCUCCUGCAGGGCCAGCGUUCCUCCUCCUCCUUCAUCCACCUGUGUUCCCAGCUAACGCACCCCUGUUUUGGGGUGCCCACUCUGCCAAGUCUUUAGCACGUAGCGGAGCGUCUCUCUCUGAGUUUGUCUUCAGUCCUUGCUUCCCCGCUGCCUCCCGAACCGCCAGAUGAUGCCGGUGUGUGGGCAGUGAGGACACGGUGCUGGCACUGCCGUGCGCGGUGCUCCAGGUAUGCACAGUGCUCCAGGUAUGCACAGUGCUCCAGGUGCGCGCGGUGCUCCAGGUGCGUGCGGUGCUCCAGGUGCGCGCGGUGCUCCAGGUGCACGCGGUGGUCCAGGUGCGCGCGGUGGUCCAGGUGUGUGCGGUGGUCCAGGUGUGCGCGGUGCUCCAGUUGUGCGCGGUGCUCCAGUUGUGCGCGGUGCUCUGUGUGCGCAGUGCUCCAGGUGUGCACAGUGCUCCAGUUGUGCGCGGUGCUCUGUGUGCGCAGUGCUCCAGGUGUGCGCAGUGCUCCAGUUGUGCGCGGUGCUCCAGUUGUGCGCAGUGCUCUGUGUGCGCGGUGCUCCAGUUGUGCGCGGUGCUGUGUGCGCGGUGCUCCAGUUGUGCGCGGUGCUCCAGUUGUGCGCGGUGCUCUGUGCGCGGUGCUCCAGGUGUGCGCAGUGCUCCAGUUGUGCGCGGUGCUCUGUGUGCGCGGUGCUCCAGGUGUGCGCGGUGCUCUGUGUGCGCGGUGCUCCAGUUGUGCGCGGUGCUCCAGGUGUGUGCGAUGCUCCUUGUGCACGGCUGCUCGUCCCCAGCUCGGCUCUUCCCCCCGCCCUGCAGAUGGGACGGGCUCCAAGGUGCCCGUGUCCUUGCAGUGGUGGUCACACUCUGUCCCUCUGCUCCUUUGCAUCAGUGUGAUGCCCUGCUAGACUGAGACCUGUCAUUGCUUGAAUUCAAAGCACCAUGUGCUGUUCUGCCUUCUCUCCAGCUGCAGAGCAGGAUGGUUUUCCUUACGUGUCCGCUGUUCCCUGGCGCUGGGGUCGGUGUUGGCACGAGCAGCAGUGCCGUCUCUCCCGGUAUCCUUCGCCCCAGCCUGGAGCCUGGGCUGCGCCUGCUCUGUCCCGGGUUCUUGUGCAGCUCGGUGAUGUCCCGGCCUCUCCCUGCCCGUCUCUGGGCUGCUCCGAGCUGCUCUGUUCUGAGCACGAGGGUCUCAUUUAAUGACGGGGUGAAUGUUUCCUGCCACGGCCAGACGGUGCGUCUCUGCUCCCCUCUCUCAAUGGGCCUCCCUGCCCGGCUCUCCCCUUCUGCCACAUUCCCAUGGGCACCUUCCCUUUCCCCGUCGCACAGGGAUGGCGCAGCCCCCGCUGCUCCUGGAGGUUUGUAGCGCAGAGACCUCUUUGUGGUCCCUGCACAGCAGCAGGAUCCUCCUUCCCGUGGUGCAGGGAGCUCCCCAGGCGCUGCCCCCCUGCUCUGUGCCUUGUCCUGGGUCCCUUUCCUCCAGCAAACCCCGUGUCACCAGGACAUUCCCAGUGAAGAAAAACUUGGGGCUUUAGUUUAACCUUCCCAGCCCUGGCUGCCUCCCAGCAGCUCAGAUUUGCGACGCGUCUGGUUCUGUUGGGUGACGCAGGAUUUGCACCCCCACACCACAUGCCCCUAGUACAGACUUAACAGAGCCAGUGUUUCAGUUCAGAAACCCACUGUUGAUCCGAAUAUGCAACUGUGAAAGCCAGAAAUCCCUGGUUGGGGCGGCUGGGGCCCGGCCCUGUGCUGCUGCGCGGCCGCGGCUUCGCUCUCAGCUUCCUCGUCCUAAUCGUAGUUGCCAAUAAAUUGGAGUUGUGGCAUGUACCCCUGCAUAACCCAAUAGCGACUCUUUGGGUCUUCUCCUCCUUCCUGAGGAGAUGUUCAGCUCAUGGAUGUGGGAAAUCAGUGUCUGACCCGCCACAUUCCAGUGUCAUGGGGGGAAACGGGCUGUGCAAUUAUGUAAAUAAAAGUGAAACGAA